AUGCGGCGCUUGCAGCACCCAGAAGUGAACAGCAGGCGACCCGGAAGGUCUGAACUCCGACUGAAGGCGAGCAGUAAAAGAACCAGCAAGCUUUUAUAAUUUGUAUCUUCUAUCAAGGGUUCAGAAUGGCUGAACCUCGCUUUAACAACCCCUAUUUUUGGCCUCCACCUCCUUCAAUGACUGGCCAGCUGGAUAACCUAGUCUUGAUCAAUAAAAUCAAGGAGCAGCUGAUGACGGAGAAGAUCAGGGCCCAACACCUGCCGCCCGCCGCCGUCCCCUCCCAGCAGCCCUUGCUGGUGCAGACGGACGGCGGCCAGCACGUGAUGUCCAUUCCUAAAGCCCAGCAGAUGCCGGGGCUCCACCCCCACAGCCCUUCCCCACCAGACAUUGCCCUGCACGCCCGCCCCGCCUCCAGCUCCGUCUCAGGCAGAAUCCUGGGAGACGUAAACUUAAAUCUGGAUGACAAGGCCGCUAUCAAAGCCAGAGGAUUGUGGGAAGACUGGCAUUUGCGUCAAAUCAUUGAACAACCUUCUAGAACAAACCACCUAUCAGGCGUAGCGUUGGCAUCCAGAACGGGCAACCUCAAUGCCUCUGAUGUCAUCACGCCCAUCACGCCCACCUCCAGCAGCCAGAGCCGGAUGGGUGGCGCCUCCUCGCCUCACCUGAACUCGGGGUUGGCCGGUUGUCAUGGCAUGGAGCCCAUCAAAACCAACGGGGGCCUGGCCGGGCUUCUCGGACCCCCACCCAAGAUGGAAAGAGGCCGUAAAAAGAUCAAGGCGGAGAACGGGAACUCUCCACUUCUGGUGGUGCCCUAUCCUCUACUGGCCUCUGGAAACGACCAGUGUGUCUCCUUCACAGCCAAAGAGGGCAAGACCUACAGGUGUAAAGUUUGUCCGUUGACCUUCUUCUGCAAGUCCGACAUGCAGAUGCACUCCAAGACCCACACGGAGGCCAAGGCCCACAAGUGUCCCCAUUGUACCAAGUCCUUCGCCAACGCCUCCUACCUUGCACAGCACCUGCGCAUCCACUUAGGGGUCAAGCCCUACCACUGCUCCUACUGCGAGAAGUGUUUCCGCCAGCUCUCUCACCUGCAGCAGCACACCAGAAUUCACACAGGUGAUCGGCCCUAUAAGUGUCUUCAUCCAGGGUGCGACAAAGCAUUCACUCAGCUCUCCAAUCUACAGUCUCACCAGAGGCAACACAAUAAAGACAAGCCCUUCAAGUGUUCCAAUUGUUUCCGUGCCUACUCUGACGCUGCGUCCCUCCAGAUCCACCUGUCUGUACACGCCAUCAAAAAUGCAAAGGCCUACUGCUGCAGCAUGUGUGGCAGAGCAUACACCUCUGAGACCUACCUAAUGAAGCACAUGUCCAAGCACACGGUGGUGGAGCACCUGGUGAACCAGCAGCACUCCCCACAGCAGAGGACCGAGUCCCCCGUCAUCCCCAUCCGCAUCUCCCUCAUCUGAGACGCAUCCCCUCCCUGCCUCUCUCACUCUCUCUGGCACUAUCCCUCUAUGACUGUCUGUCUCUCUGUCUCUCUGUCUGUCUGUCUGUCUGUCUGUCUGUCUGUCUGUUGCUCUCUGUGUCUGUCUAUUUGUUUCUGACUGUCUCUCUCUUUCCAUCCACCUAUCGCUCUGUGUCUGUCCAUUUUGUCUGUCUGUUUCUCUCUCUCUGUCUCUCUAUCUGUCUGUCU